UUGGAAUGCAAGAAAAGAAUUGAAUUCUAAAGAAUUGCUUUCAUUAAUAAAUAAUUUUGUAAUAACAAAUUGCAAAUGGGAUUAUUGAAAAGUAACAACAUAAAUUACUGGGGCAUAGAGAAAUAUGAAUCCUUGUACAAGUUGAAGAUUUGAAAAAGGCUUAGUUUGCGAUGCAAGGCAUACUCCAAAGUUAUAUUCCAUCAAUCAUCAAUCACACUUUUUGGUCAGUUAUAAAGCUGAUCCAACAUCUACUUUAGCAACAAUCUGCGCAAUUCCUCUCUUCUCUGAAGUAUCUCUAGUGCUAGAGACUUAUUCUUGAAGUCGAGCAACAGUCUUCUCUAAUCUCUUCUUUUGCUCUUCCGUAUGUGGCUGAUGGCAAUCGUAGAGCUUUUUCUCUGUGUAAUUGACUGGUGUGCUCAUAAGCUCUGCAACUAUCUGUUUAAAUUGAUUGAACACAAAAUGGCCAAGACAAUCAGUCUCUACGGAUUUCCUUCUGUCGAGAAUCCAGAAGACAUAAAAGAAUUUCUGGAGGAAUAUACAGGAGAAGGAACCGUGCUCGCUGUGGAGGUUGCGCUGCCCAAAAGUUCAGGUUCAAGAACACAUGCUAACGUUCAGUUCACUGACGUAGAAGCUGCUGAAACCAUCAAAUCAUUAGCUGAGGAUUACCUGUGGUAUGAGAAUUCUUAUCUGAAAGCUCGGGACGCCCACCAUGACAUUGUUCCAAUGCCAAGGAACUUUGUGCAAUGCAUAGAUAACAUUACGUUGAACUUUGGAUGCCAGAUUUCCAAGGAAAUAUUCUCUCUUCUGUGGAAACAGGAAAAUGUUUCAGUUAAAUUUGGGUUUGGACUCAGAAAAUUCUUCUUCUUUUUCUCUUUUCUUUCCACUGAUUACAAGCUUGAGCUUUCCUAUGAGAAUAUCUGGCAGAUCGAUGUACGUCGUCCUCAUGGUGGAGCCAAGAAAUUUCUUAUCAUUCAGUUAUAUGGUGUUCCCAAGAUUUAUAAGAAAGACACAUCUGCUCUGUGCUAUUUUAAGGAAGCUGCUGAUGACAAGUGGGUCCGGGAAGUUGAUUUUACUCCAUCCUGCUGCGUUGGCCAAUCCUCUGCCUUGUGCUUGGAGCUUCCACUCAGGGGUAGACUUCCAAAUUUUCAGCAAAAUUUUGCACACUACAAAGAAAACGAAAGCCAAUUCCAUUUGGUGACAGGUUCAGCUUUCUCUUGCAACUCAGAUCUUGUCCCCAUUGUGAGUUCACCAAACGGCCUCCACUUACCAUACGAAAUAUUGUUUAAGGUUAAUUCUUUAGUUCAGCAUGGCUGUCUUCCUGGGCCUGCACUCGAUGCCGAUUUCUUUCGUUUGGUUGAUCCACACCGAGUAGAAAUUGCAUACAUAGAACAUGCACUUGAGAAACUGCGCCAUUUGAAUGAGUGCUGCUAUGAUCCUGUAAGGUGGCUCAGUGAGCAGUACAUGAAAUAUAUUACUUCUGGCAGGCUUCCAGGGCCACCUGUUGCUGCCUUAGACGAUGGGUUGGUGUAUGUAUACAGGGUUCAGAUAACUCCUGCUAAAGUAUAUUUCUGUGGUCCAGAAGUGAACCUCUCCAAUCGAGUUUUGCGCAAAUAUCCUGAUGAUAUCAAGAAUUUUAUUCGCGUUUCAUUCGUUGAUGAGAAUCUAGACAGACUUUAUUCAACAAAUUUAUCUAGUAGAACAUCUUCUGUAAAUGACGAAAGGCGAACUGGAAUUUAUGAAAGGAUACUGUCAGUACUGAGAAAUGGUGUAGUCAUUGGAGAUAAGAAGUUCGAGUUUCUCGGCUUUUCAUCGAGUCAACUGCGAGAAAAUUCUGUUUGGAUGUUUGCUUCUAGGCCUGGACUUACCGCAGAAGACAUCAGAAAGUGGAUGGGAGAAUUUCGUGAAAUAAAGAAUGUGGCUAAGUAUGCUGCUAGGCUUGGCCAAUCUUUCAGUUCAUCAAGGGAAACUUUCAAUGUUUAUAGACAUGAAACUGAAAUAAUUCCUGAUAUAGAAGUUAAUAAUAAUGGAGUUAACUAUGUAUUCUCUGAUGGAAUCGGAAAAAUUUCUUCAGAAUUGGCUCAUAGCAUAGCCCAAAAACUUGGCUUCAGGAACUAUACUCCAUCAGCUUUUCAGAUUAGAUAUGGUGGCUAUAAGGGUGUUGUAGCUGUUGAUCCAACUUCACCAAUGAAAUUGUCACUGAGGAAGAGUAUGUCCAAGUUCAAAUCAAACAACACCAGCCUAGAUGUUCUAGGAUGGAGCAAGUAUCAAGCUUGUUUCCUUAAUCGAGAAGUGAUCACUCUUUUGUCUACUCUUGGAGUCAGGGACCGUGAUUUUGAAAGGAAGCAAAAAGAGGCUGUAGCUCAACUUGAUGCUAUUUUGACAGAUCCAUUACAGGCAGAGGAGGCACUUAAAAUGAUGGCCCCUGGAGAGAACACCAACAUUCUCAAGGAAAUGUUCUCUUGUGGUUACAAGGCAAGCACAGAGCCAUUUCUUUCAAUGAUGCUGCAAACAUUCCGUGCUGCAAAAUUAUUUGAUUUGAGGACCAAAACAAGGAUAUUUAUUCCGAAAGGCAGAGUAAUGAUGGGAUGUCUAGAUGAAACUGGGACACUGGAAUAUGGUCAAGUAUUUGUGCAGUAUUCUUGUGCCAGCAAUAGGCAGUUCAUCAGCUGCAAUGAAACAGAUGAACUGCAUCAGAUCUUUCAGGGGAAGGUCGUGGUCGCAAAAAAUCCGUGCCUACAUCCUGGAGAUGUUCGUGUCCUGAAGGCUGUGGAUGUACCUGCUUUACAUCACAUGGUGGACUGUAUCGUUUUUCCACAGAAAGGAAAGAGACCUCAUACGAAUGAAUGCUCGGGAAGUGAUCUUGAUGGAGAUGUCUACUUUGUCUGUUGGGACCCUGACCUUAUUCCUCCUUCUCGUUACCCACCUAUGGAUUAUACAGCAGCCAAAAGUAUGAUUCUGGAUCAUGAUGUUACAAUUGAGGAAGUCCAGGACUACUUUGCAGACUACAUACUUAAUGACAGCUUAGGAAUCAUUUGUCAUGCCCACAUUGUCUUUGCAGAUAAGGAGCCUUCCAAGGCUAAGAGUAAAGAAUGCAUUGAGCUUGCCAAGCUCUCCUCAAUUGCAGUUGAUUUCCCCAAGACUGGCGUGCCAGCCAAAAUUCCACCACAUCUUCGUGUAAAAAAAUAUCCAGACUUCAUGGAAAAGCCUGACAAACUGAAAUAUGAGUCGCAACGUAUAAUUGGAAAGCUUUUUCGAGCUGUAAAGGACAUUGCACCUAGUACUAGCCCUAUAAGAUCCUUCACUAUGCAAGUGGCAGUUCAGUGUUAUGAUCCUGACAUGGAAGUAGAAGGAUAUAUGAAUUAUAUAAAUGAUGCAUUCUACUACAAAAGUCAGUAUGAUAACAAGUUGGGGAAUAUGAUGGAUUAUUAUGGGAUAAAAACCGAGGCUGAAAUAAUCAGUGGAUGGAUUGUGAGUACUUGGAAAUCUUUCGACAAGAAAAGGGAUUUCGACACGAUAAUGUUUUCUGCAAGGUCAUUGAGGAAUCAAGCAAGAGCCUGGUUCAAUGAGACAGAAACUGAUGAUUUAUAUGCAAAAGCAUCAGCUUGGUACUAUGUGACAUACCAUCCAAGUUUUUGGGGUAGGUAUAAUGAAGGGUUGGAUAGAGAUCAUUUCCUGAGUUUUCCAUGGUGUGUCCAUGACAAGCUUAUUGAGAUCAAGAGAGGCAGAGCAGGUGAUGGUAGUAAUACUGUUUCUCCAGAUUUGUCUUCAUUGGCACACCAGUUCAGCGACUCAGUCUCAUUGAAUUGGUACUCAGAGAUUGAAGAUUAGAUGGAUUCUUAGAUCCUUUUUAUCCAUCAGCUCUAAGUUGAGAAACAUAGAACUAAUCACCUAAGUAUGUGAUGAUUGUAAUUGUUGUAAGAUAAAAACUUGUUAGUGUGGAAGUGUUUGAUUUUGGAUUAAUGAUUGCCUGCUAUAGAAGGUUUAUGGUAUUGAGAA